CUAUCCACAUAAAAGCAAGUAAUAACAAAUGCUCUUGUACUUAUUCUAGCAUUGAAAUUAGUGGUCUAGUAAUAGAAAUCUAUGAGCACCCUGUAGAGCGAUAAAUACAAGAAACCGGCGUCACAUGAAGAGAUUCUGAAUUCAAGGGCGUGUACGCGACGUGUUUUCGUUUCUUGCCUUCGUUAUGUCGAUCAGCUGUUAGCUUCCAUCGAGAUUAUCUUUGCCUCCUUGCCUUUUAUAUAAAAUCACCGUGAAGAUGGGCCAACGUGUUUCAAGAACGGACUUUGAGUGGGUUUAUACAGAGGAGCCCCACGCCACGCGGCGCAAAAUAAUUUUAGAGAAAUACCCACAGAUUAAACAAUUAUUUGGAUAUGAUCCAAAUUUUAAAUGGAUUGUAACUGGAAUGGUAUUAAUACAAUUUUUGUCAUUUUUCAUUGUGAAAGAUUUAAGUUAUCCACAACUUUUGUUAUCGGCAUAUUGUUUUGGUGGUGUAAUAAAUCAUUCUCUUAUGCUUGCGAUACAUGAAAUUUCUCAUAAUCUUGCCUUUGGACAUGCCAGACCUAUGGCUAAUCGACUGUUUGGUUUUUUUGCAAAUUUGCCAAUAGGAAUACCAGUAUCUAUUAGUUUUAAAAAGUAUCAUCUUGAGCACCAUCGUUAUCAAGGAGAUGAGAAAUUAGAUACAGAUUUACCAACGUUAUUAGAGGCAAAAUUAUUUAAUACAACCUUUGGAAAGUUCUGUUGGGUAUUGUUGCAACCAUUUUUCUAUGCAUUCCGACCUCUUAUAACAUAUCCAAAGGUACCAACUUUUCUAGAAUACAUCAAUUUAGUCUUACAAUUGAUAUUUGAUGGUUGUGUAUGGUAUUUUUUCGGUGGUAAAGUAUUGUUUUACUUGCUUAUUGGCUCAUUUAUGGCAAUGGGAUUACAUCCUGUGGCAGGCCAUUUUAUAUCAGAACAUUAUAUGUACAAGAAAGGUUUUGAGACAUAUAGUUAUUAUGGGUUUCUAAACCUUAUUACUUUCAACGUCGGAUAUCACAAUGAGCAUCAUGACUUUCCUGCAGUGCCUGGUUCGAGAUUACCAGAAGUAAAACGUAUAGCUGCAGAAUUUUAUGACAAUUUGCCACAGCAUAAUUCGUGGGUUUCUGUCUUGUAUGAUUUCGUGAUGGAUCCUGAAAUUGGGCCAUAUGCAAGAAUGAAAAGAAGGCAUCGUGGAUUAGAUCAAUAGAUUUAUCAAUUUUUCAAAUUUUCUAUAAGAAUGUAUCGCGUAUAAUAUCAUAAAAUUUACUUCUAUUAUUAUGAAAAAUUGCAUAUUUGUAAAAGGAUAUAAUUUAGAAAUGUACUUUAUCAUUUGGAACAAAACACAAAUGACACAUGUUGGAAAAUACGAUAGCGUAUUUGCCCAUGUUGUAAAUGCAAGAGAGAUUAAGGAUGAUAUUAAUCUAUAGUAAAUAUCUUUUCGAUAUUCUUAUCUUAUCAAGUUGUUCAUAUUUCAUAAGUUUUUGUUUUCUACAAUCUAGUCAUGAUACCAGCAUUUUUUGACUAAUUAUUUAACUGAAUUGUUCGGAGAAAUUAUUUUCUUUUAAUUAGCACA